GGGGGAUCAGACAUUUUACUAUUCAUUUGCUUGUUUCAUAUUUCCUUAUCAUCUCGUCAUAUUUGAACGUCGGGACAUUCCCAGUGUGCCAUUCUAAUCCUCCUUCUCUUUGUCUUUGUUCAUUCUCAGGUGUCUUUGUUCAUUCUCAGGUGCCCUAGGACCCCUUGGAUCGACUUUCUCAGCGUCGUCCCAGCCACAACGUCAACAUUCCGUUCGACACCUUCAAGAUUGGCAUCUGAUGAGGAAGGCUACCGGAAAGAGGGUCUCGUUGACCUCCCUUUAUUUGACCUUCACCUAAACACAUAUCUUAACCUUUGGGACACGUGGAGGCUCCGCCUAUUCAACACAUCAAUAGCCCUACGUAACUUGGCACUAUCCUCAACGGGAAGACGAUGGCAAAUGGCAGCCGUGCCGUGAUUGAAUCCUUGAUCGCCUAUCAAUUUGGAAAUGACAUACUCGAUGACUUAUUUGAAAGAUACGCCGAGAAAAUCUCAAUGACAUACUUGAUUAGUCAACAUUGCCUCCUCUUUACUUUUUUUUUCUAAGGAUUUUCAAUGUGACAGAAAGCAUCUUCCAUGCUCUUUGCCUUAUCUUCCUUUGACUUAGAUUGCAAGUUCAAAUGACAUCUUCCUUCCUUCCUUCCUUAGCAAGUAUACGAUGAAGAAUUUCUUAGUUACCAUUUGCUUGUUGGCUAUAUAAAAACUUGUGUCAAGAAACAAAGAGAGCACAAGAGUCUCUCCUCUUCUUUUUUGGGAUUUUUUUUUUCAGAGUUAAAACAUGGCUGAGAAUCUACCAACUAGGCAAGGAGAGAUUGAACAGAUACUCGCUAAUUCUUCGGAUCAAAGAAAGGUAAUUAUCAUGGCAAAAUCCAUAUUGGAGAAAGCCACAGAGCAAAUGUGCAGGACACUGUUUCUCGACCGAAUUACCAUUGUCGACCUCGGUUGUUCUUCGGGCCCAAACGCUCUUUCAGUGGUCUCUCAAGUUCUCGACAUUAUUAGUAAGUUAGACGAACGACAGUCGAAGGAGGAGGAGAGGACACUUCCGGAAAUCCAAUUCAUCCUGAACGACCUACCAUCGAAUGACUUCAACAGUGUUUUUCAAUCGCUGGAAGAGUUCAACAAGAAGAUUAAGGAAGAAAGAGGAAAUCUACUCAUGCCAUAUUACGUUGCAGCUGCUUCAGGGUCUUUCCAUGGGAGACUUUUCCCUUCUUCAACUGUUCAAUUCUUUUACUGUUCCACUAGUCUCCAUUGGCUGUCUCAGGCUCCUAAAGAACUUGGGAGUGCAGAAGCUAUUUCACAAAACAGAGGAAAUAUUUACUUUACGAAGACAAGCCCCCCUUGGAUAGUUAAAGCAUAUCGAGAACAAUUUCAAAGAGAUUUCUCUACAUUUCUCGAGUCUCGCUUCGAAGAAUUAAGUGUUGGUGGAGGAGCAUUGUUAAUAUUUCCCGGAAGAGAAGGAGAAGAUGAAGAUGGUGACAUAUUUAACCACAUUUCUGAAUUAUUUUCUGAUUCCCUCAAUGCAAUGGCUGAAGAGGGGAUCAUUUCAAAAGAUAAAUUGGAUGCUUUCAACAUGCCAUUCUACUCGCCAUUGUUGGAGGAAGUGAAGUCAAUAAUUCUCAAUGAAAGCUCAUUCGACAUAGAACAAGCACACUUGCUAAGCUACAAAUGGCUUGAUGCCACAAAACUCGACAUUCUACGAGAUGGGAAGAUGAUUGCGAACGGCUUUCGUGCCUGGAAUGAAUCCCUGUUCGCCCAUCACUUCGGGGAUGCCAUCCUUGAUGAACUAUUUGAAAGAUUUGCUGAAGAAGUUUCAAGAGGAAUUCUUGAAGAAAAGCUCACUAACUGUAGUGUAUCUAAUAUUAUCAUUGAGUUGAAGAAGAACACUCCACCAUAAUCAUAUGUAUCGAUCCCCUUUUGAGUAUGAAAUAAAAAUUGCAAAAGAUGUUCCAGUUAAA